AUGGCGACUGAGGGGAGCCAAGAUGGCCAAUGCCAGGAAAAGGUUGUCUUGAAGAGGAAGUUGACCGGUCCACCCAGACUCCUCCUGGGCAAAUCUAAGUCCAAGAACCAGGGAGGUGACAGUUCUAAGGCUCGGACUAAGAAGAUAAUCAAACUAAUAAACAUCAACAAUGGGAUUCAGAUGGAUUCCUCUGCCAAACAGUCAAAUAUAGAAGUUGGGGAGAAGGGAUCAUCACAACCUGUAGUCACUUCAGAUGACCUCCAUACGACCACAAAAAUGGACGAGGAGCAAGCUUCACCUGAACUACCCACUGAGCCCUCAAGGAUGAAACCAACAAAGACCAAUUGGAAGGACAUUGUAAGACAAGGAAAUCAACAAAACAUAGCUGGAGAAAGUUAUUUUCCCCGGCUCUCAUUUGCGUCAGAAGACCAUGGAAGUAUGCUGCAAAGACUUCAGUUGAGGAUGGUGACCAGGGAGUUGUACAAACUGAGAGACUAACUCGUACGGAAGCAAACUCAAUGGGAGAAGACACCAUCUCCUUGAGUGACAAGUAUGUCCGCGAUGCUCUUGACAUCGACAACAUCAUGAAAAUGAGGAGCAGGUUUACCAUCCGGACAUGGCCGACCUUCAAAAGGUUCUUGAUGGCAUCCUACGUCCGAGGCCAAAGGCCAAAACAGGGAAAUGUUGCACAGGAGUUCUCUGAAGACGUUCAACAACAACCGUCAUUGACCUUCAGGAAGAGAUUUCAGUAUUUAUUGACGUGUGAUAGGAGUGCACCUUCAGCUGUGCUCUUUCUGGGCACCCAGGACCUUGGAGACAAGGAGGCUGAAGCGGAGUCAAUGGGGACACAAGGCAGGGGACAACAGUGUACAUCUGAUGUCCAGGAAGUUGAGCUUCUGGAAGAGGUGGCUGAGGUUAGAGGACAAUGUACAGAGAGAGUGACAGUGAGUGCCGAAGUGAGCGCCCUGCAGUCUGAGAACGGAGGCCCAACAAAAUCCGGAACGGAACUGUAGCUCAGCUGGUAGAGCACGGCGCUUGUAACGCCAAGGUAGUGGGUUCGAUCCCCGGGACCACCCAUACACACACAAAAAAAUUAUGCACGCAUGACUGUAAGUCGCUUUGGAUAAAAGCGUCUGCUAAAUGGCAUAUUAUUAUUAUUAUUAACGAGCCCAGAGUCACUACUAGAGAGUCCCAUCCCGACAACAGUAGCAGGACCAGCAGUAGAUACAGAAGACACAGAGACCAGUCCAAUGGAUGAUUCAGAGGAAACAGAGAUAUUGGAACCUGAGACUUCUACCAAAACUGGUACAGAAUUAUUGGAAACUGAGACUUCUUUCAAAACUGAGUUAUGGGAAACUGAGACUUCUACCAAAACUGGCACAGACUCUACAAUCCUCAGUGAAGUCAUCAAUGUUACCAUGGACCCUAACGAGACGCAAGUAGCUGAAUUGGUUCAUAUCCAGUGUUUAGAGAAGGACAAGGUCAUUGAGUCUGACUGUGCGAUAACCAAUACAGUCAACAGCAUUACCAUGGACACUAAUGAGCAUCCCUCAGACUCAAAUCAGAUCAUUUCUUCUGAGAAUGCUGCAGCGGAGGCUACUGAUAAAUCUAAGGAGAAUGACACGCUCUGCAGGAUCACGAAAGAUAACAUUGUGCAGAAUGGCCAGCCCUUGACCAACAUCGCACUGCAUGGGCUCAGUGUCUUACACUACAGUCUCUGUGAAACAAAUAGCACCCCCGGGGCUGACUUGAUCAAGGAUGUGUCCGACCAGGAUGGCCUUGUGGUAGGGGACGAAAGCUGCGAGAGUCGACUCCCUACGGAGGACCACCAGUACCUGUUGUUGUGUGGAGAGAGGCUGCUAGUGCAGACGGCUCGCCUGUUGGUCCAGGCAGCCAUGAGCGCUGCCAUGGAUCAGCUCUCAAUGGAACAGGGAGGCACUCCCACCACUAUCCACAAGGAGGCGCAAGGGUGUCGAGAUCACGCUUGACACUCCUUCUGGUGUGUCGUUGUAGCAGAUGUGCUGUAUGUACAGUCGUGGUCAAAAGUUUUGAGAAUGACACAAGUAUUGGUCUUCACAAAGUUCGCUGCUUCAGUGUUAUGAGAUAUUUUUGUCAAAUGUUACUAUGGUAUACUGAAGUAUAAUUGGUCCUCUGUAGCUCAGCUGGUAGAGCACGGCUGGUAGAGCACGGCUCAGCUGGUAGAGCACGGCGCUUGUAACGCCAAGAUAGUGGGUUCGAUCCCCGGGACCACCCAUACACAAAAAUGUAUGCACGCAUGACUGUAAGUCGCUUUGGAUAAAAGCGUCUGCUAAAUGGCAUAUUAUUAUUUAUUAUUAUUAUUAUAAUUACAAGCAUUCCAUAAGUGUCAAAGGCUUUUAUUGAAAAUUAUAUUACGUUUAUGCAAAGAGUCAAUAUUUGCAGUGUUGACCCUUCUUUUUCAAGACCUCUGCAAUCCGCCCUGGCAUGCUGUCAAUUAACUUCUGGGCCACAUCCUGACUGAUGACAGCCCAUUCUUGCGUAACCAAUGCUUGGAGUUUGUCAGAAUUUGUGGGUUUUUGUUUGUCCACCCGCCUCUUGAGGAUCGACCACAAGUUCUCAAUGGGAUUAAGGUCUAGGGAGUUUCCUGGCCAUGGACCCAAAAUAUAUAUGUUUUGUUCCCCGAGCCACUUAGUUAUCACUUUUGCCUUAUGGCAAGGUGCUCCAUCAUGCUGGAAAAGGCAUUGGUCAUCACCAAACUGUUCUUGGCUGGUUGGGAGAAGUUGUUCUCGGAGGAUGUGUUGGUACCAUUCUUUAUUCAUGGCUGUAUUCUUAGGCAAAAAUGUGAGUGAGCCCACUCCCUUGGCUGAGAAGCAACCCCACACAUGAAUGAUCUCAGGAUGCUUUACUGUUGGCAUGACACAGGACUGAUGGUAGCGCUCACCUUGUCUUCUCCGGACAAGCUUUUUUCCGGAUGCCCCAAACAAUCGGAAAGGGGAUUCAUCAGAGAAAAUGACUUUACCCCAGUCCUCAGCAGUUCAAUCCCUGUACCUUUUGCAGACUAUCAGUCUGUCCCUGAUGUUUUUCCUGGAGAGAAGUGGCUUCUUUGCUGCCCUUCUGGACACCAGGCCAUCCUCCAAAGGUAUUUGCCUCACUGUGCGUGCAGAUGCACUCACACCUGCCUGCUGCCAUUCCUGAGCAAGCUCUGCACUGGUGGUGCCCCGAUCCCGCAGCUGAAUCAACUUUAGGAGACGGUCCUGGCGCUUGCUGGACUUUCUUGGGCGCCCUGACGCCUUCUUCACAACAAUUGAACCUCUAUCCUUGAAGUUCUUGAUGAUCCGAUAAAUGGUUGAUUUAGGUGCAAUCUUACUAGCAGCAAUAUCCUUGCCUGUGAAGCCCUUUUUGUGCAAAGAAAUUAUGACGGCACGUGUUUCCUUGCAGGUAACCAUGGUUAACAGAGGAAGAACAAUGAUUUCAAGCACCACCCACCUUUUAAAGCUUCCAGUCUGUUAUUCUAACUCAAUCAGCAUGACAGAGUGAUCUCCAGCCUUGUCCUCGUCAACACUCUCACCUGUGUUAACGAGAGAAUCACUGACAUGAUGGCAGCUGGUCCUUUUGUGGCAGGGCUGAAAUGCAGUGGAAAUGUUUUUUUGGGAUUAAGUUCAUUUUCUUGGCAAAAAUUAAUUUGAUCACUCUUCAUGAUAUUCUGGAGUAUAUGCAAAUUGCCAUCAUCAAAACUGAGGCAGCAGACUUUGUGAAAAUUAGCAUUUGUGUCAUUCUCAAAACUUUUGACCACGACUGUACAGGCCCCAUUUGGUUGGAUCAGCAGGGUCUUUUUCAUUAUGGCAUAAAUAAUAUAUAUUUUGUAAACAUUUUGCAAUAGAAAAUGAAAAUGAGCAUUUCUUAUUGGACCAGUUUCAAUCAGUUUUCUUUCAUAUGGUGUCUAAUGAACACGACUCAGGCUUAUUGAGAAAAGAUAACCACUUUUUAAAAAAAGUUGUUGUUUACAACUUGUUGUUAACAGACCAAACUGCUGCUGUUUGUAUACAUCCAAAAUGCCAGAGAACCGUAUUGACACUAUUAUUUACAAUCUAUUUUCUAAUAUUAUACAAUAGGUUGCAUUCAAUUUUAACAAUAACUAUCACAAACGUUUUAACUGUUCCAGUGUGUCUUUGUGUGUUUUGAAAAUGGUGGAUCUUAUACUUCAAUUACAGUUGAUCUAUAUAUCUGAAUAAGCUAUAGUUCUUUAAUUAAUCAAACAUUUGAUGAUGUAUUUAAGAUGAUCAUUUCAUAUGAUGAAGGUGUUAAGCUCUCACUGAGUAGUCUUGCCCUCUGGUUGCUGUUUAAUACAUGUUUAAGCAUAAAUAGCUGAGUUAAAAAGCUUUCGCUCUUAUGUGUACAGAGAUGAUACAACGCUUACACCUGUAACUUGUCAUAAGAAAAUAUGAAGUACCCCAGUCCAAAUAGAACUCUGUGCUGUCGUUUUUCUGUGUGAAUGUUCACAAUCAUUUUACAUUUACAUUUUAGUCAUUUAGCAGACGCUAAAUGACAGGUGCAAUUAGGGUUAAGUGCCUUGCUUAAGGGCACAUCGACAGAUUUUUCACCUAGUCGGCUCGGGGAUUAGAACCAGCGACCUUUCGGUUACUGGCACAACGCUCUUACCCACUAAGCUACCUGCCACCCCAUGUGAAAAUAAUGAUAACACACUAUUUGACACCUUGUGUGUCAGGAAAAAUACACCAAAGUCCCCAGAUGACUAUUUGCUGCCAUUCUGUCAUCAUAGCUUGUCCUCCUGGACUUCAGAGGAGAUGUUACAGUAAUUGGAAACAACACCAGCAAACAUCUGUCUUCGUCAGCACAACAUUUAAUACAUGGAGGCUUGCUGGUCUUUGUAAUCGGGUUUGGUUUCCCAAAGGCCUCUUUUAGAGGUGGGGUACUGUGAGGCAAACAGCAUUGCAUGGUAUCAUCUGCCUGAAUUGUUUUUCAUUGACAUCAUUAGAAGUGGACACCAGGCUCUCUUAACCAAAACAAUGUGUUAUCCAAUUAUAUGAGUCAACUCUCUGAUUUGACGAGGAGCAGUGUGUGUGAUCACCCCCUUGAAAUCUGGUUAUGGAGUAAAUCACAUCAGAGGAGUGAAGGGUGUUGACAGGCUUUUUACAUUCCAAAAAUAUAAUGUAUUGGGUGAGAAUUCAUUCAGUUGUGAGGAGGACAAUUGGCUAUUCUAAUUGAGUUAUAUCUGGUUGAUUUGUUGUUUUAUGUUACAGUAUCCCAUUCAAGCCCCCUUGUAAAAUAACAUUAAAUACAUUUUAGGAAAAUAACAGUUUGACAGUUUAGUAUUAUUAAAUGUACAGUGGGGAAAAAAAGUAUUUAGUCAGCCACCAAUUGUGAAAGUUCUCCCACUUAAAAAGAUGAGAGAGGCCUGUAAUUUUCAUCAUAGGUACACGUCAACUAUGACAUACAAAUUGAGAAAAGAAAAUCCAGAAAAUCACAUUGUAGGAUUUUUAAUGAAUUUAUUUGCAAAUUAUGGUGGAAAAUAAGUAUUUGGUCACCUACAAACAAGCAAGAUUUCUGGCUCUCACAGACCUGUAACUUCUUUUUUAAGAGGCUCCUCUGGCCUCCACUCGUUACCUGUAUUAAUGGCACCUGUUUGAACUUGUUAUCAGUAUAAAAGACACCUGUCCACUACCUCAAACAGUCACACUCCAAACUCCACUAUGGCCAAGACCAAAGAGCUGUCAAAGGACACCAGAAACAAAAUUGUAGACCUGCACCAGGCUGGGAAGACUGAAUCUGCAAUAGGUAAGCAGCUUGGUUUGAAGAAAUCAACUGUGGGAGCAAUUAUUAGGAAAUGGAAGACAUACAAGACCACUGAUAAUCUCCCUCGAUCUGGGGCUCCACGCAAGAUCUCACCCCGUGGGGUCAAAAUGAUCACAAGAACGGUGAGCAAAAAUCCCAGAACCACACGGGGGGACCUAGUGAAUGACCUGCAGAGAGCUGGGACCAAAGUAACAAAGCCUACCAUCAGUAACACACUACGCCACCAGGGACUCAAAUCCUGCAGUGCAAGACGUGUCCCCCUGCUUAAGCCAGUACAUGUCCAGGCCCGUCUGAAGUUUGCUAGAGUGCAUUUGGAUGAUCCAGAAGAGGAUUGGGAGAAUGUCAUAUGGUCAGAUGAAACCAAAAUAGAACUUUUUGGUAAAAACUCAACUCGUCGUGUUUGGAGGACAAAGAAUGCUGAGUUGCAUCCAAAGAACACCAUACCUACUGUGAAGCAUGGGGGUGGAAACAUCAUGCUUUGGGGCUGUUUUUCUGCAAAGGGACCAGGACGACUGAUCUCUGUAAAGGAAAGAAUGAAUGGGGCCAUGUAUCGUGAGAUUUUGAGUGAAAACCUCCUUCCAUUAGCAAGGGCAUUGAAGAUGAAACGUGGCUGGGUCUUUCAGCAUGACAAUGAUCCCAAACACAUUGCCCGAGCAACGAAGGAGUGGCUUCGUAAGAAGCAUUUCAAGGUCCUGGAGUGGCCUAGCCAGUCUCCAGAUCUCAACCCCAUAGAAAAUCUUUGGAGGGAGUUGAAAGUCCGUAUUGCCCAGCGACAGCCCCAAAAACAUCACUGCUCUAGAGGAGAUCUGCAUGGAGGAAUGGGCCAAAAUAACAGCAACAGUGUGUGAAAACCUUGUGAAGACUUACAGAAAAUGUUUGACCUGUGUCAUUGCCAACAAAGGGUAUAUAACAAAGUAUUGAGAAACGUUUGUUAUUGACCAAAUACUUAUUUUCCACCAUAAUUUGCAAAUAAAUUCAUUAAAAAUCCUACAAUGUGAUUUUCUGGAUUUUUUUUCUCUCAUUUUGUCUGUCAUAGUUGACGUGUACCUAUGAUGAAAAUUGCAGGCCUCUCUCAUCUUUUUAAGUGGGAGAACUUGCACAAUUGGUGGCUGACUAAAUACUUUUUCCCCCACUGUAUAUAAAGUGCUGGUAGAUAUUUAUUUAUCAAUAUAACAAUAUUUUUCAUUAAAUGAUCAAACAGACAUGCAAAAUCUCACUCCAGGUCUCCCAAUUUUUUGCUUCACCAUGUGAAAAUGAUCUUCCCCAGUGAAGUCUGCAGUGUUUGGUUUCUGUAGCAAUAAAAAUAUCUUACGUUUAAUUAUAACCUACAAAUCAUCAAUCAACUGGCAGUUUUUACCAUUACAGCUCUGUUUCUUAGUUGAUCAGUUUCUCUGUUAAAUUAGGCGCAAGAAUAGUUUGCCAUUUGUUUGGGAGGGACUCUGAGAAUGAUUGUCCUUACAGCCUCAGCCUCUUACUUCAUGUAACAAUAUAUUUUUAGACAUUUUGUUAUUAUCACCAAUAAAACUGGACAGUUAGAUGGGUUCCAGCACUAACUGUCCUAGAUUGAAUUGGAAUGUAUAUAACCUACUGCUUGAGAGGUGUGCUGUCUCAGUCAGAAGCCAUCUGUCAGUUUUAAUAUUUGAUUGUUGAGCUCCAGAGACGGAUGCAUAAAACAUUCUGUAUAGCCGUUCCAUUACCCUGCUUCACUCAAAGGACCAUGAUCGCAUCCUAAUUCGCCACCCUUAUUCAGAAGUGUGUACUUGCACACUCCCAAUCAUGGAUUUAUAAGCAUAGGAUUGGCGUAAGCAUUGGCUGGAGGGAGUUUCCACCUUUGUUAAAUCCAUGUCAGAUAUUUUGCAAGUGCACACUUCUGGAAAAAGGUGGAGAAAUGGGACCCAUCAAGCACAAGUGUAGAGGAGAGGAGUGAUGGUACCUUUUGGAGAUGAGUCCUUCAGCUCUUAAGUGGCCUCUGGUGGUAACAGAUUGUUACUACAAGAACAGGGAACAAAAAACCCUGGUCCUAGAUCUGUUUGUGCUCUUGUCUACUCCAUUGCAGUCCUUGUCUAUCCAUUUGGCAUGAAAUGAGUGACAAGGAGUUUGCAUUAUAUAUAAAUAAAGACUGGCACUCAGGUUUGUGGAAACCGAUGAUUCUUAUCAAUGAGAAGAGUUACACUGGACAAUCUCUUAAAAAAAAUAAAAAAAAAAUGGGAAAGGUGACAGAUUUACAAAACAUUAAACCACAUUCAUGUUUAAAGUGUAUGACAAAGUGGAAACACCAUAGAAGUGUAGCCAAUUCAAACACACCAGAAGUCACACACAUACCAACAGUACAAAAAUGAAACACCCAAAAUGGCAAAUCUGAUCACCAACUUCGAUAGACAGUAUAAACCUAUCACAGUACAUGCAGACUCCUGUUUUGACAUUACCAGAUGCAUUCUUCUACACAUUCUGAUAGCCAUUACCACAUAUCCAUCAAAGGUGAAACUAUAAUCUCACUAUCAUAAAGCUGUAGAGCACUAACGAAGUUCAGAACAUCUCUUUUAGUCACUUCUACUCAUGUUAGCCUGUUAUGAGCUAAUAUAAGUCCUUCCUCUUAGUGCUGAAAAUAUUCCUAGUGCUGAAAAUAUUCUUAGUCAAGGCCGCAGUCGGUCUUCAAUGAGGUCUAGAGGGCCGCAAUGAAAAUUUGAUAUAUUUCCUCACUGUCAAAAUUAGCAAAAAAUUGUCCUCUAUCCAUCGUUUGGGGAAUUUGAGAUGCUCCCUGACUGUCUAGCUUUCAUUUCGAUGAUUAUUAGCGAAAUGGACACAGUCAAGAAACUGUAUGAAUGUAGGUCCAUUAUCAUUUCUACAGUUUCGAUUUGGUUUCAGUUGAUUUAGAAUCAGUUUUUCCUUUUCGAUGAAUGAAUGAAUAAGACGGGAAAAACUCAAUGAAUAAGACAGGGGGGCACCUGAUUCUAUAUCACCUCUCCUAUGACACUUGAAACAUACAGCCCCAGGUUUUCCAGCUUGAAAGGUUUUGGGAUGACACUUGUGACUUUGUCUCCUUUUGCAUACUUGUCCACUUAAGUAGGUAGUACAGUCUUCCUGAAUCCUCUGAAUUCAAGCUAAUUCUCUAGUGUGUUUUGCUAGUUUGUCAGGAGGUAAUAAAGAAAACAAUAAAACACCAAGGCACUGCUCACGAUUUUGGGGGGGUACUGCAACAUUUUGGUCUUAAGAAGUCGUCCCUUGCAAAUUCCUGUAACCCUGACAAACAUCCAUAACAACAUUACAUAGGCUCCAUUUCAACAGCUACUUAUUCGGAAAGUGCACGUUUUCAGAAAAAAAUGCAGAUACAUAGUAUUUGCUAAUUUCCAAUCAAUAUCAGCUGGUAACAUAUGACAACAGAGAGAGAACACAUUUAUCAUGUAAAAACAAUGUUCUAUUCAGACAUUCACUGAAUAAAAUAAGAUACGGUUUACACUGGAAUCACAUUACAGGGUUUUAUCUAACCAACAGAGAGAUGACGGUAUUGACAAAAGACAGGAUAUAACCGGAGAAGUGGAAGGAUAAUGACAAAAGGUAAGGAAUCCGUGCAACUGAAACAGGGUCAUGUUCAGUAGGAAUCAAACUGAAGAAAACAAACUGAAACAGGAGGUAUUAUCUGGAAUUAAGAAUAAGAAACAAUAUUUGGGACUUCAUGUAUUUAUUUUAUUUCUACAGUUUGUUUGCACUUUCAUUCCACAGUGACGGCAUCCACGCUCUCUGGUGAAAUCUCAGAGUCUAGCGAAUAGCAGGAGCUGCCAUUGUCCUGAGCUUCCCUGUUGGCCUCCUCCGUCAACAUUACUGUGGUGCUUGCCGGCACCCCAACGCCACCACCGCCGCCCUCCGGUGGCCCCUCGCAGAAGUGUCCAGAGGCAUGGAUGAGCUGGCUGCAGAGGCGGCUGUAGCGGUGGUAGCGUGACGGCUUGCCCGUGUGCGUGUACAUGUGCUCCUGCAGCUGGCUCUUCUGGGCGAAGCGCAGGCUACACACAGCGCAGGUGAUCUUGCGCUUUCGUGCGUGACUGGUAGUGGAGGUGGUGGUGGUGGGGGGUGGACUGGUGCCACUGGCUAGACCACCCCUGCUCCGCCUUAGCUCAGCAGCUAGCUCGUCAGCUAGGGCCUGGCUCUGCCUCAGGGCCUCCUCCAGGCAGCCUGCGUCCAGCUGAUCUUGGGGGGCCCCACAUUGCUGCUGAUUCUCAGGGCCCUCCAGGUCCCCUACCCCGCCCUGGGAGAGGCCCUCCAUUAGUCCACUGGGGUCCAGGGUGCAGGCGGCGUGGCUGAACAGGUGCUUGCGGAGCCCCUCGGGGGAGGGACAGCGCUCACCGCAGCGGGGACACAGCAGCGCCAGGGGGCCAUCCUUGAACAGGAGGCUCUGGCAGGGGCUGCCGCCCUGGGCCGAAGGAGACAUUGGGGACCCUCCCCUUCCCAGCGCCUGUUGGCCCUCCCCUCCCUCCCCUUCCCCCUCCUCUACCCUCUCCUGCUUGAUGCGCGUUGAGAUGUCUGAGUCGUCGCCGGAAGCCACUGAGGAGACGCCACGGAGGAGACCAGAGAAGGGCUGA